AUGGCAUCAACAUGCAUUCCCAAUUGCCUCGAUGAUGGCUGGAUUCCGGUCCGUGCCACCUACGAAAACCUCUACAAGUGGCCCGAAUCCGACGCGGAAUUCGUCAGAUCGGUUAGUAGUAAUGGCCGUGCGACGGAUAAUGAUCCGUCGUCGCGGCCAUUUACGAGAUCAAUGAGUACGAAUGGGCUGUUGGAUGGCCCUAGUCACCCUAGGGUUGUGGAUAGCAUGUCAUGCAGGCAAAUUUACUUGAGAAGCUACACUUUCUCGAGAAAAGAAAGCAUGCCUCAAAAGGCAAGAAAAUGUGCUUGCCGUAUUAAAGAAAGAGUCUCGUCUCGUGGACGGCCGAGGAAAGCUUCCGGUGAGGCUCACGGCAGCAUUGUGGUCAUCAGAAGGGCCAAGGAGGUCUCUUGCGCCGCCAUGAAUGUGGUUUUCCGGCGGUUGUUGUCUUGCACCACGAAAGUUGACGUGGUAGGUGAUCGAGUAAGUGAAGUUAAUGAUGUCUCUGAUGUUGAAGUGGAGAACUCGCUAUUGAAUCCUCCCACCCCUCGUCCUGUUACAUCCUCGCCUCAAAAAUCUAAAAGUUGUGAGAUUAUAGAGGAGGUACAGGUCUUUCAAACUGCAAACUGGAAGCCUAGGGAGAAAGAUUCGUCCAUUUCCUUUGACAAUCAGUUUUCAGAUCAGGAGAAUUCAGCUUCCGAUUGCAAUCCUCAAGAUGAUCUCUCUGACUUGUGUCAUUCCAACCCAAGCAUUCUGAAGGGUCUGAAAAAUCUUAAAGUUCAAUCAAAGAGAGGUCGUCCUAGGAAGGCAAAUCCAAAGCAUCUCAAUAAGCAUUUCAAACUGCCUAGGAAAAAGAAGGCAAAGGGUGAAGGUCUCCAACAAGCUUCCCAUUUCUUCCUUAACUCAAAUUUCGAUGAAUCAGAGGCGAUCUUUGAAACCGGGGUUAUGAUGGGUUUGCUACCUCUCCAUUCAAAAGCGGAUUCGCUAAAACUAAUCAAGGAAAACCUGUUGGGUGCGUCUAGUUCUACUAGUAGGUUCUUGAUUAGGCAGUUGGUCAAUAAGGUGAAUCCAUCGGUGAUCUUCAUCCAGGAAACUAAGUGUUCGGGGUGGGAUAGACCGUCAAUUUUAAGUCUGGGUUUGGGUGCAAAUGUCAGUUGGGUGGAGGAACCUCCGAGAGGUCUAUCAGGGGGAAUUCUUACAGUGUGGAAAGAUGAGGUUUUUGAGUUAAGCUCGUAUCAAAGUUCUAGAAACUGGAUUAUGGUACGGGGUUCUUCUACUGGUAUGCCUGGGGGGAUGGUGCUGAUUAACGUUUAUGCCCCUCAAUCAAUUUCAGCUAAAAAGGAGGUGUGGGAGACUUUAGUUUCUCUAAUAAGCUCUCUGGAUGAAAAAUAUAUAAUGUUGGUUGGGGACUUUAACGCAGUGAGGUCUAAAGAAGAGAGAUCGAAUGGUUCUUUUCGACAAGCAGAUGCUAAUGCUUUCAAUCAAUUCAUCUCCUCCACUGGAUUGUGUGAGGUAAAUUUGAUUAAUUCAGAUUUCACGUGGUAUGGACCGGAUGCAAGAUCCAGCAAACUUGACAGAUUUUUUCUCUCAUCUGAAUGGUUGCUAGAAGCCGACUGGAUGGUAUAUGCGGAACAUAGGAAAACCUCGGAUCACAGGCCUUUAAUUCUCAAGUCUGCCAAAAAUGAUUGGGGCCCGAAGCCGUUUAAAUUUUUCAAUUUCGGACUGAAAGAAGUGGAGUUGAUUGCUUCUCUACAGAGGUCAUGGUCUCAGUCUGCCUCGCAUAAUAUGAUAGGGAAAUUUAGAGAGCUGAGAGAAGCAGCAAGGUGCUGGAACAACAAAAAGUAUGGAAAUAUAAACAGCAGAAUUGAGGCUCUAGAAAAAGAUCAAAACACUUUGGAUGAAGGGGGCUUAGUGUCUUCGGGAAGGGCCGAGAUAAUGGUCAAUCUGGAAAAGCUUUACACAAUUAAAUCAAGCAUGCUUUGCCAAAAGGCAAGAGUUGAUUGGCAACUUCAUGGUGAAAGAAAUACCAGAUUUUUCCACAAAGCUUUGGCCAAGAGAAGGAAAUCAAAUAACAUUCUUAGUCUAUGUUCGGGGGAUUCAGUCAUCACUUCAAUACAGGAGAUCAAAAACACUUUUCUACAUCACUUCAAGGGCAUCCUGGCCCCAAAGAAGGCUCAAGCAGUCUUUGGUCUCCCGGUAGGUUUUCUCUCCACUUUAUCUCUUCAUAACAGUAGCUUGUUGGUAAAUUUAUUCUCAGAACAUGAGGUUUAUGAAGCUUUAAAAGAUUCUGAUCCUAAUAAAGCUCCGGGUCCAGACGGGAUGAAUGCGGGCGUCUUAAAGGCACUUUGGGACACUAUCAAAAUAGAUGUUAUGCAGUUUUUUCAGGAUUUCUACGACCUUAAACAGGUCCCGAAAGGCUACAACUCGUCGUUCAUAGCUCUGAUUCCGAAAAAGAUAAAUGCUUCAUUACCAGGGGACUAUCGGCCGAUAAGUCUAAUGAAUUCAGCCAUGAAGUUAUUAACAAAAGUUCUUUCUAGGCGUUUGAAAUUGGUUAUGCCAAUGGUGGUAAGCCAGGUUCAGUCUGCUUUUAUCAGGGGCCGGCAAAUCACAGAUAGCAUAAUGUUAGCUAAUGAAGUGGUUUCUGCAUUACAAGAUGGGAAAUCCAAAGGAAUAGUUUUGAAAAUUGAUUUUGAAAAGGCAUUCGAUCGCGUAAGUUGGGAAUAUGUUUACGAGGUGUUAAGGAUCAUGAACUUUGACAGCCGGUGGAUUAGUUGGGUUAGAGAACUAUUUUGUUCUUCUAAAAUCUCUGUCUUGGUAAACGGAAGCCCGGGUGAGGAAUUCGCUCCGACACGUGGACUGCGGCAAGGAGACCCGCUUUCCCCUUUGUUAUUUAAUCUGGUGGGAGAAACCCUAGCAGCUCUUUUGAAAAAGGCCUCUCUUCUGAGAUUGACAAAUGGAGUUCUUCUUCCAAACUCCACAAACCCAAUCACUCAUCUGCAAUUCGCAGAUGAUGUGAUCCUCUUCAUUCAGGAUGAUUUUCAUUCUAUCAUAGGUAUUAAAAGGGUUCUCCAAUGUUUUCAGAUUCUGUCGGGAUUUAAAAUAAACUUCCAGAAGAGUUCUUUAUAUGCUUUUGGCAAUUCAAGAAUUCAUCUUAAGGAGUGGGCUGAAAUCUUAGGAUGCAAGGUUGAUAAGGGUCCAAUAAAUUACUUAGGGGCUGUCCUUGGUGCUAAUCCAAGAAACGUUCGUUUCUGGGAUCCGUUGGUAUCAAAGUUCAUCAACAAAUUAAAUUCAUACGAGGCUGAAAAGAUCUCGUUGGCAGGGAAGAUGGUCCUGCUCCGUGCUGCGAUUGACAGCACUCCUUUAUAUUGGUUCUCUUUAUUCAAAAUUCCUGCUACGGUCGCAAACAAGUUGGAUCAAAAUAGAAGAUCGUUUCUAUGGGGUCGGAAUAAGGAUGGGGGGAACAAACUGCAUCUUUUGUGUUGGGACAAAAUUUGUACUCCUAAGGAUAUUGGUGGUCUGGGUAUCACUUCAAUUCGAUUAAAGAAUUUGGCAAUUCUAGCGAAAUGGAUUUGGAAAGCAUAUGCAGACAGGGGUAGUAUGUUGAACAAUUGUCUAUCAAUGCGAUAUGGUAAAGCUUGGAAUUAUGACCUAUCUCUUUUGGAAUCGAAGAAGUGUUCUCCUGUUGUUCGCCAAAUUGUGAGCCUAAUCUCAGAUCAAACAAUCGGUGCAUAUCUAACUAGAGACAACUUCAAAUGGUACGUUAGAGAUGGUGCUACGGUUUAUUUUUGGGAGGAUUGGUGGGUGGGUAAUGGCACGUUACAAUCUCUCCUGCCAUCUCUUUAUGCAAAGGUAAGAUGCAAACACAUAAAGGUAAAAAAUUUCAUGUCUGCAUGGCAAGUCAACUGUUUAAAUGCGAUAUUAUGGGUGGACAACAAUAAUUUGUCUUCGCAACAUGAGUUCUUUGUCCUAGUCCAACUCCUGGAUUCUGUCUCCCUCUCUAUAGGAUCAGAUGUGUUGGUAUGGCUUCCUGGAAAAGCUACGUUUUCAUCGAAAGUGUGUCUUGAUUUGAUUAAAUCAUCAAAUUCUGCUGAUAGAAGUCAGAGUUAUAUCUGGCGAAUGAUUUGGAAAAUCAAGGCCCCCCCGAAGAUUUUAGCUUUUCUAUGGAAACUUCAGUGGAAUAUUCUUCCCACUAGAUUGUUUAUCAGUUAUAGAAUUCCUGGAGUUUCGAGUAUUUGUCCCUGGUGCGAGGAUGGUUGUGAAUCAAUUCAUCAUAUAUUCUGGGAAUGUACGUUGGCUCAAUGGGGAUGGAACUAUUUGGGGAAAUGGUGGAAUAUCUCUGGCCUUGUUCAUCGGAGGGGAAUUUUUUCUCUGUCAAAGCUUCUAAAUUUGUUCGCUCAAGCAAGCUUGAAAGAAAUCUGGAAGUUAAUAGUGGCAGCUGUAUUAUGGACCAUUUGGCUGGCUAGAAACGAUCUGAUUUUUGGUAAACAUAAAAUUCAAGAGAAGUGCUUUGUGAAUAUCAUUCACAUUCGAAUAGAUAAAUGGGGAAGUGCUGCGGGCCUCAUGGACUUCGGGGCUGAUCCUCUAUGGCGGGUUAACCCGUCAGGUGCUGUUGCUAUAAGACAUCACAAAAUUCUGAACACGUUUUGGAGAUUUAAAAGGGAUCAGUUUGAUUAUGUAGCUGCUGUUGAUGGUGCUUGGGGCUUGGCGGACGAUUUUAGCUACAAAGGCGGUAUUGGUGGAUAUCUUCAAGACUCUUCUGGGAAGCUGGUCCUCAUUUUUUCGGGUCCUGUAAAUUCCAUUAGUGCUCAAGAUACGGAGGUGGAGGCCAUCUUGUUUCUUAUAAACUGGAUGAUUAAUUUAAAUCUCGAUUUUAAGAGAGCAGUUAUUUGCUCUGACUCUUCUGUGGUGGUGAAUGCAUUCAAUGAAGGAAUUUCAGUUAAAUUUCCUGUUCAAGCUUUGGAUUUUAGUCACCAAAUGAAAAUAAAUUCGUCAAUAUUUAUUCAAUUUGUCCCUAGGAAUCUUAAUGAACGGGCAGAUGAGUUGGCAAAAAAGGGUAUUCACAGGUCUAAUUUGCUCCAGAAGGUUGUGGGGUCUUCCAUAUCUAGAGAAGAUCUUCAUGUAUCUCUCUCUGCAGGACCUAGCUCUCUAGAAUCUGUUUAA